AUGUCGCAACUACCCAUGUUGGCUCCGAGGCCACCUGGAGAUGUGCUGGCGAUUCAUGAAAAACCCAGGUGCAGGGAACAUACAGGAGAGGAAUGGGAGGCGAAGCGAGAGACCAUCGAGCAGCUCUACAUCCGCGAAAACCGGAGACUCGUCAACACCAUGGCCAUAAUGGCGUCCAAACACGGCUUUGCGGCAACCGAGCAAAUGUACAAGAAGAGACUGAAGAAAUGGAACGUGCGCAAGCGCGCCUACCGAAACACUCCAGAAGGCUCUGUGGCCUCGACCCCAGCAUCGGCGGCAUCAGCCUCUGGGUGUGCCACGAGGAAGUCGCGCGUGCAGCACAUGCAUGCAGCCACGACCAUUGCCCGGAACACCAGAGUAAACCAAUACACAGGGCUCGAGGCGGUGCUCGAUAGUGUUCGUGCGUGGAGCCUCGGUAAGCUGGAGGCUCAGAACGUGCCACACGAUCCCAUGGUUGACUACCUUGCGAACCCAACCCUUCCCCCCAUCCGGGAUAGCCGUACAAUGUACCGGACAUUCGAACUGGUGUUCGACCUGUGGUAUUACGGAAAAGGCCGACUAGCCGGGAUGGCGGCAAGGAAAGCGUUUUACAUGUUGGAAUUCGUCCUCAUGCACGACCACCCGGACUUGGUUUGGCACAUCCUGGACACGGUAUACGACAUGGUUGACAAAGGGCACAUUCAGCUGCUCCGCAUGUUCUUGGCACACGCGAGUGAGCUAUGCGCCAGCCGGCUUCCGCACGGACAUCCCUUGGUCAGGAUCCUGCAGCAACUCAUCAGAUGCGACUAUCGAUCUCCGCAAGGGAGGCAGUCCGUUUGCCAUCUCUUGCAAACUGCUUGGAUGCGCAACGUCGACAUUCUCGGCGACUGCAUCGAGUCUCGGGCAGCGCAAAACCUAUGGCUCUACGAACAGUUGAUUUGGGACGGACGGAGUAGGCUGCGCAGAGUGUGCAACCUGGCAGCAAGAGCGGGCGUCAUGACGGCGGCUCUGUCAAGCCUGAACCAACGCCGAAACCAAGACGCGACCGUGCCGGACCUGGAUGACCUGCGAAUCAUGGCACUCACGCUGGAGUACACCCAGAUGGAUCUGGUGGACAGACAAAAGGCAGAGGAUUUGGCCUGGGGGCUUUUGCGUCUGACGGCGCAGGGCAUGGGGGAAAGUCGCUCGAGCGCCAGAUUUCACGCAUAUGGCCGCAAGAUGCUGGCAAGGCUCCAGGAGCACCGGCAGGAAUGGGCGCAGGCAGAGGGGAAUCUCAGGUUCGCGGUGGAAAGAAGGGAGGCUGCCCAUGGCGCCCAUUCCGACCUGAGGGUAAUCCGAGACAUGUGGGUGCUUGCAGGUCAUUACCAGCGGGCCGGGAGAGAUGGCGAGGCUCAUCAGACCGUGCAGGAUGCGAUAUCGAGGGCAGAGACGUUUCUUGGUGCGGGUGCUGGUGGACCACAGCCUAUGAAGUGA